AUGUGUGCUCUGACGCAGCCGGGUGAUGUCCCUGAGCUAACUGACCUGAGAGGCAAGUGGAUGAAACCACAACAGUUAAUUGAGGUAAAAACUCCUUGGUCUGCUGGAAAAUGAUCCUCUUGAUAUGCAAUGAUAGCUAUGAGAUGUGAUGGUGAAUUUUGAGCCUCUGAAUACAUGAGAAAGAUGUUUUUCAGUCAGUGAUAUGGGCGGCUCGGAAGAAAUAUUCCAAAUACUCCCAAUAGGGAGUCGACCCUAUAACCCUUUGGUUACUUGUCCAGAUGCUCUACCACUAAGCUACCGGGGACCCUUAGGGAGCUAAGGCCACUAAACUAGGUUCAUGUGACAAACAUCCUGCAUACUGCUAGGACUAGAAUGAGAAUGUCGACAUGUGCUUAUGCGCAACGAUAGAUUUGAUGGUCAAUUUUUAUUUAUUUGUUUAUUUUUUAUUUCUUUUAGACUUUUGAUUCUUUGUUAUUGCGUGAUCACUGGUGUAUGACUAAGAUAGUUUAAACAUUUGUCAACUCUUUCUAGGCUAUGCAAAAGGCUGGUGUGAACGUGUUUCCUGCGGUGGAUGCAGAAAAAUAUGUCAGCAUAAACUCCAAGGUGCAUUUAUGUCUUAAUUAUUAGAGCUUGACUAACACAUAUAAUGAUUGCGAGUGCUUUUCGUAAAUCACUUGCUAUUUUGUUGACUCUAAUGUGCAGUUUUUCUCGCUAUCAGGAGGAAUGGUUAGAAGGCAGUAUUUAUAAAGAAAUGGCAUUAACAGCAUCAGCAUUUGCAUAUACGUGGAGUAAGUGGAAUGCUGACUGUGGCAAGGACAAAAUUAUCUUGCAAGCUAUUGAGCAGUUACAGGAUGAACAACCUCUGGAG